AUGCCAUCCUUCUUCCGUUCUCUGGCUCUCCACGCCCUCCUGGCCGGCGCUCUAGUGACCCAGGUCACCAACGCCUAUCCCCAGCCCGCUGUUGCUCGUUCAGAAGCUGCAACCACCGAACCCGCCUCGCAGCUCCCUGCCUUUGACGACGCCGACGGCGCGCUGUACACGCGCUCGAAGCCGUUGAAAAUCGGCCAAGAACCCAGCAAAAGCUACAACUGUCCCGCGACCAACAACUACGGCGAGACCGCCUACACCUCCGGCCAGCUGCAAGCGGCGUUUAUCCAGGCAGCCCAGUACGCCAAUGAUGGCCAACAGAUCGGAGACCCGUAG